AGUCGCUGCGGAGUUAUAAAUAUUUUAUUCUAAAUAGACGCUUCCAUUCGACAAUAUCUGAUGUAAGCAACGACCGGGCGACGUUCGCUGUUUGCUGAACAACUCUCGUCCAUGGGAUCUCCGUUUACCUCGUCGCUUAAUUCAAUUUCUUUCCACUUCCAUACGCAUCCUUCUUUCCUUCGCCCCGUCGAUGCACCGAAAUUCGGUUCUGUUUUCUUGAUGCCUUCGCCACAGGAGAAAUUGGGUCAUUUCAAGGAAUCAUCGAUAUCAUUUUCAACACGAAAUUUCAGAAUCAGGAGCAGAAGUGGCAAGACUCGAUUCAGCUCCCCGAGGAAUUCUAAUUCCUCACCCCAUGCCUCCAAUGGCGACUCAGAUCCUCCCGCUAAAGCGAAGCUUUUAGUAGUAAGCUCUAUAAUAAUCGUAUCACUAGCUGUUGCAAACCGCGUGCUGUACAAGCUUGCCCUUGUCCCCUUGAAGCAAUAUCCAUUCUUCUUAGCUCAGUUGACUACCUUUGGCUAUGUUAUAGUAUAUUUUAGUAUAUUAUAUCUGCGGCAUCGGGCAAACAUUGUGACUGACGAAAUGAUAUCGCUUCCAAAAUCACGACUCUUGGCCGUAGGUUUGCUUGAAGCGCUUGGAAUUGCGACAGGGAUGACUGCUGCAGCUUCGCUUCCCGGCCCAGCAAUACCUAUACUUAGUCAGACGUUUUUAGUUUGGCAGCUCAUAUUUUCUGCCAUUUUGCUAGGCAGAAGGUACUCAUCGAAUGAAAUUGCUGGGUGUGUUACAAUAACUGCUGGUGUACUGGUGGCUGUUGGAAGUGGGUCUACGUCUAAUGCAGGCCAAAUGCUGUCUGGAGUUGCACCUCUAUGGUCAGCAUUAAUGGUAGCUUCUAGCGCUUGUCAAGCUGGUGCAUCAAUUAUGAAGGAAUUUAUUUUCAUUGAUGCUGGAAACCGUCUUCAUGGGAAGUCACUAGACAUUUUUGUGGUCAAUUCUUUUGGAUCUGGAUUUCAGGCACUUUUUGUUCUUCUCCUUCUACCAUUUCUUUCAAACUUGAAAGGAAUAUCUUUAGCCCAGCUUCCCUCAUAUCUGAUGCAUGGUGCUGCUUGUUUUCUAAAUAUUGGUGCUGAAAGACCAGAUUGUAAAGGGGCUCCAUUGCUUCCCCUGCUUUAUGUGAUUACAAAUUUGGCUUUCAACAUAACUUUGCUCAGUCUAGUGAAGAAAUUUUCCGCAGUUGUUGCUUCUCUUCUUGUGAUGCUUUCAGUGCCGAUUUCAAUUUAUAUUUUGUCUCUUCCAUUGCCAUAUCUUCCUGAAGGCGCAAGCUUAAGCCCCCUGUUUCUCACUGGCAGUUUGUUGCUAGUGUUGGGUCUUGUUUUUUACUACAUUCCCCAACGUUCAAAGUAAGCCACCAAAAUUGCUCAAUAAUACCGCGACUCGGCUCAGCUGGUAGCAUCAGCGACGGCAUCCCUCCCAUUUUCUAAAUUAGAAAUUGUAAAAAAUAGUAAAAGAAAUCUAGUCUACGAAUCUUGGUUAUGAACAUACAAUUUGUUGCAAGUCGUUGAGUUAUAUUGAUUUUGUAUAAUGAUUUUCAAAUUGCUAUUUAGUUUUAGUUUAAUGCAUUCCACUGAAUUAUAGCUA